GUAACAAAAAAAUACUUUUAAGAAAAUCCGACAAUUCAUGGACAUGGCGUAAAUUGGUUUUGUGAAUAGAAAUAGAAGAAAAACAGAUUGUUCUAGAAAUUAAAUGAUGGCUGCACGAGGGGAUAGAGGAGUUUCAAGAGUACUUGAUAAGUUAGAAGCGUCUGUAAACUCUGGUCAUUACUAUGAGGCACAUCAAAUGUAUAGAACUCUUUAUUUCAGAUAUCUUAGUCAAAAAAAGUAUGAAGACCUAUUAAAUCUAUUGUACAAAGGUUCGACGUUGUUGCUACAACGUGACCAGCAAGAGAGUGGAGCAGAUUUGGCAAUAUUACUCAUAGAUGUGUUGAAUAAAUCAGAAACGAAACCAUGUCACGAAUGGAUUGAGAAACUAGCUAAGUUAUUUGAAUUAAUGAGUGCUAGUAUACCCGAGAGGGAAUCUUACCUCACUAAUGCUGUCAAAUGGUCUAUGGAUAAUAACAAAAAAGGACAUCCACUACUUCAUCAGAGAAUCGCUGAAGUGUAUUGGAAGGAAAAGAAAUAUGCAGCUGCUCAUAGACACUUCUUGCAUUCUUGUGACGGAGCUGCGUAUGCCAGUAUGCUUGUCGAACUUCACACGACAAAAGGACUAAAAUCUGAAAUAGAUUUGUUCAUAGCACAGCCAGUAUUGCAAAUUCUUUGUCUGCGCAAUAUACAAAUGGCCACAGAUACAUUUAAUGAAUACACAGGCCUACACCCUACAAUAAACAAUAAUAAAGGGCCUCCUUACAUAUUUCCAUUACUAAAUUUUUUGUGGUUUCUAUUACGUGCAAUUGAACAGAAACAUUCUAAUCAGUUUAAAAUUUUAAGAAAUUGGUAUGCAAUAAGUAUUAAAAGAGAUCCCAACUACUCAGUGUAUUUAGACAACAUUGGGCGUAUUUGGUUUGGCAUAGAAAUACCGCCCGACAACAAACAUGGUGGAUCAGUAUUUGGAGGACUUUUGAAGUCAAUAAUAGGUGAAGCUGAUAGUUCCGAUGAUGAUGGAGACUAUGUAGGAAGAAAUGCUGCCGCCCCUGACCUGGAUUAAAUCCAUAAAAGAAAUCACUUAAUUAAACAUAUUAUUUUAUUGUGAGUCCUAAUGUCUGGCGCCAAUUAUUAUAGUACAUAACAAAUAAUAAAUAAUACAUGCUAACAAAAUAAAUAUGAAGACCUUGAUAACACAAUACAUAUUGCAUAAGCGUAAGGCUUGUUCUAUGGAGAAGUAAUAGCCAUAGUGCCAACUCUUAUGAUUCUCUAGGUCCUUUUUCUUUCAACUAUCUGAUCAUACAGUGUAAUGACUACUUCACAGCUGGCAUUUUAUUAAUAUAAUAUCUUCCUAAUGGCAUGAUUAACACUCCAUAUGAACCAAAUCCAUGUUUAUUGUUACUACAAAAAAUUGUGGUCUUGUAAACUACCUAAAUUUUUUUAUGCUGCUCAAUGUUUUGAUUGCAUUUCUCAACCUUGACAGGGUCAUAGUUACACCACAUGCAUCAAGUUCUAGUACUUGAUAGGUUGUUAGAUUGUGGUUUACCUCAAGUUAUUGUUAGAUUGUUCAAGUGCUAUAUUAUCAUGGUCUUCAUGUUAUUUUUUCCUUUGAUUGGUGUUCUGUUA